UCCAAUGAGACGCGAGCGUGUAAUGUUUGAAAUUGUAGUUGAGCAGUUGAGAGAAAUAGUUUUCUUUUAGGGCAGCGUGUUAAUUUCUUAUUAUUUUUAUUUAUACGGCUAACAGAAGAACUCCAGAGCUCAUCCGAAAAUAGCAGGCCCGGUAGAAUAACAGCCACACAAAUGACUACGAGGAGAAGGUCGUCGAUGAAUAUUGGAGUCGGAGAGGAAGGCUUUGGUCCUCAAGGCAAGUCAAUGGAGAGGACCCCUUUAAAGAGCUUCCAGAAUGGUCUCUGCGCCUCGUCGUCCACACUCACACCCCUGUUCAGCAAACUCAAGAUAAAGGAGAAUAAAAAGCACUUGAAUUUGAACUCCAUGCCUAGUUGCCCCGUUUCAAGAAUCGAUUUUAGUACCGAGGCUGCCAGGAAGGCCAGUGCUAUUGAAUCCCACCUGCAGCCUCUGGGAGAAAUGGGAGAGUUCAAGGAGAACGCAGAGCCACUCAGAGUAACGGAAGAUGAUCGAUGUUCCCUGGAAUACCGCUUCCCAGAUUCCCUUCCCGUCCUGCCUGCUGUCGGUCUGCCCCAGUCGGAGGCAGUAAGCACCCAGCCGCUGCCAGGCCGCGGAACUGCAGAGGAGACCUACGUUGUAGAUGAGUCCCCAGUUGACACCGUACCCGGUGUGACCACAGGGAGAGUCCGUGACCGUGACGGGGCGUCACAGGGCAAUGUGACGGAACAUCUCUCCGGUGACUCCCCACCAUUUCCGAAAGCGGACUCUCCUGGUGAGAUCAACAGCACUAUGGAUGCCGUCAGCUUAGAGUUCCUUGGAGCAGAUGUAGAGAUUUGGGACCUUCCUGAGGCUUUGGACGGGACAACUCCAGAUUCUACUGUGGGACAAGCAAAUGGAAGCACGUUCAUCGUUCAAGCAAGUGACCCAGAGGAACUACAGACCUUAAAUGAAACGACCCACCUGCAUGGCACCACUGUCCGUGGAGAAGCGAUCAGUGCUCCUGCGAGCCGUUUCGGCAGCAGCAGGGCGGCCGAUGGUCAUUCCCUUGAUAUUUCGAUGAAGAACGUGAGCUUUUUAAGCGAUAACCCUUAUGUUGAUGCAGCGCAUGACUACUGCGUUGCACCAGCUCCUGUCGUGCACAAGGCUGGGGGCUCUGAGAUUCAUCCAGCUGUUCUGUGUUUACUAGAACGCCAGCCAGAUACUUUGGAAAACAUGCAGAGUGAAGAAGACGAUGAUGCCUCACCUACUGCUCUUCCAGGCGUCCCAGUAGCACUAAGUUCCCCAAUUCGAAACGCAUUACCCAUGCAGGACCAAACUGACCAGUUUUCCAGCGCUGAUACAAAACACAGCCCUUUUGCAGAAGAUCUCUGUGUGAAUGCACCAGGAACCGAACAGGCAGAGAGUUUAAUGCCACUUGGAUGCAGCCCUGUGGCUCCCAAGCAGAGUUCUGCCUCUUUGGCUGAAGGGAGCAGAGUCCUGAGUGUGCCACAAAGCGAGUCCCAGGAAGAAGAUUCGGGAAUAGGGAACGUGCUGUCGUCGGAGGCAAGGAGCCUGCAGCUUGCAACUGAGGCUGAGGCAGAGCUGCCUUUUGAGGCAGACCCAUCAGCCUCUCUUCCCCGUCCAUCCCUGGAGGGGUCGAUCUCCGAGUCGUUCCAAAACGUUCUGGCGACCCCGGUGGAAAGGGCCCCCGUAUUAAGCAGAAGCGUCAGCCUGCUCUUGAAGAGUUUGGUGAAUUCUUCCGACAAUCAAGCCGCCGGCUCGCCUGCCGUCGGAACGGGGCGCGGCUCUGAUGGGUGUGACCCCGAUCCCAGGUCUCUUAGCCCAGCUGCUGACUCGGAGCACGACUUCUUCGGCAGUGGCAAGAGAAAGCUGGCAAGCCCCGGUGUUGGCAGUCUCAACAAGUUGUGGAGAGCAAGCCCUUACAGCCCUUUCCCUCAGCCGCAGCUGAACUCCACAGCCGCGAGCCUGGGAGUUAAAGAAGACUGGGAUGUGAGCAUAUUAUCGGGCUUAGAAGAGAAGCCCGAACCUGUCUCUUCGGUAAAGGUUAAUGACGCUCAUCCUGUUAAGGCCUCAAUGGUGGAUAAGCCUGACAAAAUGGGGGUGCACGCAGCAGAAUCUCUCCCUGGAGGAGGGUGCAGUUUGUCCCGCACCAAGGCCCAGGCCCUGCAGCAGCAGCUCCUGCAGAUGGCCGAAAUCCUGAUGUUUCCUUUGCCGUCCGGCGCACAAGGUGCCCCGGCCUCCUCCUCCUCCUCUGUGGAGCUGUGCCCUGUCGGCACCUGUACCACCCCUGUGCACCGGACUGAACGAAGCGUCAACACGUCGGGGGUGUUUGAGAGGAAGAGGGAGAUCUCGGUGGCCGAAAUGGGGACCAACACGGAUUCUCUGCUGUGGAACCUUCCUGACCCUGAGAGCCUUCAAGCCCUCCCCCGGGCGGACCUGGAGAUGCGACUGACCUCGGCCCUGAUCGUGAUGGAGGCCUUGUCGCAGCAGGUGGCCAGUGCGAGGGCCCGUGGCCAGGUGGUGCGCCCGGGACCGUCCAGUCUGAGGGAGACGUUUGUGCAGACGGACCUCACUGAGCUCAGCCAAGUGGAGCACGACAAGGUGGAGCAGCAGUACCAAGAGCUGUACGUGGGGGCCGUGCAGCGCGUCCGGUCCCUGGAGCUGCCUCAGGAAGAACUCCAGGCUCUCCUCCAGAGGCUGAAGGACGUCCGGGAUGAAGUGUUUUCCAUGAGCACGGAUACUGCAGCUGCCCUCACUAUGGCUCAAGAAACAUUUGACCUCAGCAAAGCAAAUCAAGACGCCUCUGCCAAGCAGAUGUCUCGGAUGAAGGGGCUGCAUGGAAGGAGCAUGGAGAUGCUGAGGAAGAUGAGGGAAAAGGUUGUGGAGAGCCAGCGCCAGCGGGAUGGCGCGAGGCAGCAGGUGGAGGAAGCCCUCAGGGCUAAGGAGGCGGCCCAUGCUGUCGCUGAGGCCCUGAGGUGCCACUCCGCCGCCCGGAUCAGAGAGCUGGAGCAGAGCGUGGGCUCGCACCAGGAGCUCGUCGCCGCCCUCAGACUGGCACGCCCGGAGCAGGAUGCCCUCAAUGAUGGAGUUGCAGAAUCACUCCAGUCCUUUGAAGAGCUCUGUGAAGCAAUGAAGUCCGAUGGCCUGCAGAUGAGAGAGCAGCUCACGGUUCUGACCGAGAGGCUGCGGGAGGCCGAGCAGGACAGGGCCCUGCUCCAGCGAGAGAAUCAGGAGCUGUCCACCAGACUGUCCUCUGCCGAGGCCUGGCAGACCCAGCUGAGCCAGGCCCUCAGUGCAGAGACCGAACGGUGA